AUGAUGCUGGGCCGACGGUCGCUGUCAAGCACAGCCAAAGAUGCCGUGUCCAGAACAGACUCGCCAACUCCGGGCAGCCCCUGGGCGGAAGGGCCCUCUCUGCAGAGCUGCGUGGACUCUCAAGAGAAGCUCUCGAAGGCCGCGAAGUGGGCGGCCACACGGCUGGGGUCUGGCAAUGAGGCCGUUGAGGCCGCCCGUCGCCAUCUGAGAGACUUGCGAUCCCGCCAAAGCCGGCUCUGCUUCAAGGCUACGGUGCGCUUUCACAAGGAAACCUUGGCAUUUGAGUUGCAAGAACUGGCCAAUGGUCACGCUGGUGGCUUUGACGACUUCCAGGCCGCUUUGCGAGCCGCCGAAGCCGACCUGGGCCAAGCACAUGGUGUUGUAGAAGCUGCUCGCAAAAAAGCUCAUAUGAUAAAGCUACAGCAAAAGGCUGGAUCUCACAAGGAUCUCGAGGCGAGACACUGCCUUGACCUACUGGCGAGUUCCGAAAGCAGGGACUUGCGAGUUCUGGCAGGUAGCAUCCAGGCCGCGGCCAAAGCGUUGGGAGCGGCUCAUCCCAUCGUAGAGAAGGGCCGCCAGGAGUUCUUGCAACAGCGACAUGAGCUGCAGCGUCACCAGUGGGAGGAAUGUGUGGCGAUUCAUCACACCCUCAUGGUCGAAGCCUGUGAGUCGCAAGAUCCAGAGCAGAUUGAAGCCCGGAUCCUGGCGUCAGCACACAGCCCGCUCGGACAAGGUCAUGAUAUUGUGCUCUACGGCAAGCGCUACUUGCUGUGGCUUCGGCGGGCCUUGCAGCGCGAAGCCAUCGAGGCUAGGCAAACGCAAUGCGCCAGCGUCCUGCGAGCCUCUUCGGGCGUCGCUGAACGUGAGAUGCGUCGUUUGGAAGCCGCUCUCCGAGCCUAA